AACCCAUCUCGCCGACCAAAACCUCUACAAAAAAGAAGACCGGUCAGGUAAAAAAGAAAAAACAGAGACAACAAUGGCAGCACAGCAAAUGCAAGUACAGAAGAACACACUAUACGUAGGUGGAUUAGCAGACGAAGUAAACGAGUCAAUACUCCACGCAGCUUUCAUCCCAUUCGGAGACAUUAAGGAUGUCAAAACCCCACUCGAUCAAGCCACUCAAAAACACCGCGCUUUCGGCUUCGUCACUUUUCUAGAACGAGAAGACGCCGUUGCUGCUAUGGAUAACAUGGACGGCGCUGAACUUUACGGCCGUGUUCUCACCGUUAAUUACGCUCUUCCCGAGAAAAUCAAGGGUGGUGAACAGGGUUGGGCUGCCCAGCCUCUAUGGAAGGAUGCUGAUACAUGGUUCGAAAGGCAACAACAGGAAGAGGAAAUGGAGAAAAUUCAGGCGGAGAACAAGGCAGCAAUGGAAGCUGCGGAAGAGUUGCAUAGAAAGAAAUUGGCGCAAGAACGAGAAGGGGAAAAGGAAGAUGAGAUGCAGGUGAAGGAUGACGCAAAUGGCAAGAGCUGAAGCACAAGUUUUGAAUUAGAAUUUGGAAACUGAUGUUUACAUUGUUAAAUUAAUUCUCUGCAAAGACCUCGAAAGUCCAUAGUUUUAUAUAGCUAACCAUUGCCUGCUCAUUCUUUUCUGCUGGUGCGUCCUUUAGCACCUACCUGCUUCAAGUUCAAUGUACUGACGAUCAAUUGGGACUGCUUGGAGUAGGGUAAUUCCGGAUUGGAUUAGAUAGCCGUCUCUUUGAACUAAUAUAUCAUUGUUACUACAAAAAUAUAUAGUUUAGCUAUACAGUUUAUGAACGCCCCGAGUUUACACUUAAUAUUUUACUACUUA